AUGAGUAACGAACGAUAUACAAAAUCGUCGACUCUGAGUCAACCAAAACCAGCAAUUCGUCUCAUUAUAAAAAAAGCAAAACAAAAUCACACAUUUAAUUAUCAACAACAAUCGUAUGAUACACCAACAACAGCUACGGAAGCAAGGGUCUUAAUAUUAGCUAGUAACUCAAGCUCUCCGAACUUGACGAAUAUUAAUGUUAAUACAAGCUUAAUGUCACCUGAAAUCCCACCAGCACCACAGAGCGCUGAUCCGGACAGGGACGUCCUGAACGAUCCAAUCUCGGGGGAAGCGAAAGCCUUUGCACAAUCACGAUACCCGUAUCCUGCAUUUAUUCUUCGUUUCUCAACACCUCAUAUCGAUGACAAAACGAAUUACCGAAGAAUUAUGGUUAAUAUCUGGUCUAAAUCAAUUCUGGGCUUAAUUUACAAUCUACAACCUCUGCCGGCUAUCCCACCUCAAUUAUCUCUGAUUAUUGAAAAUGUAAGCUUGUCAAUCAACUUUAUUGAGUUUACCAAUGGUAUCAAAUCAACAUACUCUUCGGUUACCAACGUGAUUCGUUUGAAAAACAAACCUCAAUCACCCAUCAAACUAGUCAAACUAGAAUUCAUGGACAACGAGCAAAGGGACGAACUACUGAACGGUGGAAAGAUCUUUAUCAACUCGCUCACCUACGAUGUAGAUGAGUAUUUAGGUCCGGCUCGAGUACUCAUCUGCAGCAAGUGUAUGGGCAUUGGCCACUUUCGCAAACAAUGUCAACAGGAACAUGAUACGUGUAACAAAUGCGGGAAUAUAACCUCAGACUUGAAAAACCACUUAGCAAACUGUACGCAAUUAAAAUGCAAACACUGUAAAGGCGAUCAUAUGGCGAACGAAAUGAAAUGCCCAGUUAUCAAACAAUUUCGAGCAAACGUUACUCGAUGUCUUCUCGCACCUGUCGCCCAAGCAAUUCCUCAUUACAAUCUACAUGACAUGUCAUCCGCCAACUUUCUAGCAUUGCUCCCUGCUCAAAGAACAACAAUCUUCAAACCUGUUACCCAUCGCACUACACCGUCAUCAACAUCAUACAAUUGGCCAGCUGGCACUAACCCAGCUCAAAGUAUGAUGAACAACAAAAUUGAUGUAUUAAUUAAAAGUCUAGAACAAGUACAAUUAUCACCUAAUAAUAUAUCAAAUUAA